AACUUUGAGAUCCCCAAGGCCCAUCGCAUCCGUUCCUCAGGUACCCAGAAAGUUGCACUGCAGUUACCGGAAGGUCUACUCCUCUUUGGUAUCACCAUCUCUGACAUCCUCACCCAGUUCUGUCCGGGAAUCGAGACGCUUAUGGGUAACGUGACCUACGGCGCAUACUGUAUUGUCGAUCACACGGCGCGGGCUCUUGGCUGCGAUCUGCUCGUCCAUUUUGCUCACAACUGUCUCAUCCCCGUCGGCGUGGCUAUGAUCAAGGUUCUCUACGUCUUG